AUGGGCGCCGGCAGCUCCGCCGAGCCGUCCGCCCCGCCACAGGAGGACGGGGCCGCCGCCGCCCCCCCGGAGCCCGCCAAGGCCUUAGAUGCAAGUUCACCUGUACCUGAUAUUAAUGAAGACAACUUGGAGCUUGAAGUCCCACCACAGGAGCCUCAGCAACCAGGAGAUGUUACGGCACCUCAGGAGCUGACUGGGCAGCAGCUAGAGGUGACUUCACCACUCCAAGAGCCCCCUGAACAGCAUGUGGAAGCCCUCACAACAAGCAUUGAACAAACAGAACCUUCCAGUGUAACUCUGAAGGAAGACGACACCCAAACUAUGGAGACAAGUCCAUCUGACUCAAGCACUAAGGAUGGUGUAGCUGCUGAGAAGGAGGAUGCUCAUACAGAUAAGCGGUUGCCGUCUGUGGAAGAAGAUGCAGAAGAUGCUGAACAUGUAUCUGAGCCACAGUCUUAUGACCUGGGCUUUAAAAAGGUUUUUAAAUUUGUUGGAUUCAGAUUCACAGUAAAGAAGGAGAAGACAGGAAAGUCAGAACCAGUUCAGCUGCUUACUGUGAAAAAAGAAACACAAGUCACUGAAGGAGCUGAUGAUCAAAAAGAAGUCAGCUCAGAAGAAACAGUGAUGCCUGAAGAUGUACCCUCUGCAGAAGACGACACCAAAGAUGCACUGAAAAAUGAAAAAACAGAAGAUGAAUCUCCUAAAACACCGGAAGCAAAUGAGAUGUGUUCUCAGUCAUCUGCUUCAGCCACUGAUACUGCCUCACCAUUAAGAAAAUUUUUUUCUCAGGGAUGGACUGGAUUUCGAAAAAAGAAGAGUUUUAGGAAGCCCAAGGAAGAUGAACAACAGUCUCCUACAAAAGAAGAGCAAGAAAAGGAGGGAGCAACAUCAACGACUGAAACCAGUGAAAAGGAGAAAUCAGAGUCUGAGAAGCAUGUUGGAGAGAAGAAUGUGACAACAGUAACUACUGAAACACAGGAGCGAGAGCAAACUGAAGAUGAAAAGCGGGAGUCAAAGACUGCAACAACCAUAGGAUUUGAUGUGAGUGAGAAGGAGGAGGUAACCGAGCAUGAUGAGCAAGGUAUAGCAGCAGCAGUUGCUACAGUAGGUGCCAAGGAGGGAAAAGCUGAAGAUCAAGAAAGUAAAUUGGUGGAAGUCUCAGAAGAUCUUGGUAAAAAGGAAGAAAAAAAUGAAGAAGGAGAGAAAGACAGUGAGGUGACAGAGAAACCACUAACAACAAAGUCAGUGAUGCCUGUAAUCACUGCAGAUGUGAAUGGGGAAUUGAAAGUCCUACCUGUAGGAAAAGAUCUGGAGUCAACGGAGAAAUGUGAAAUAAAUGACAGAACUGAAAUAUCCUCUGAAGAGAAACUUGGAACAGCAUCUUUAUUAGCAAUGGAAAGUUGUAGUGAAGAUUUUAAAAAACCUGAAGGAAUAGACGGAAGUAAACCUUUUCUACUAGAGAAAGAAAAGUUUGAUGAAAAAACAGAGACAGCAGAAUUGGAAAUUUCACCCACAACAGAAGUUGUCACUGAAAAGUUAGAGACACAAAGAGAAGCUCAGGAUGGAACCACAGAGAAGAAGGCGAGCAAAGAAGAUGAGGCAAAACUGGCUCUGGAUGCUGCUGAACCGAAGUCCUUUUCUACUUCUGAACAGUCAUUUGAUACAGAGGAUGAUCAACAGUCAGUCAAACCCACUGAUGAAGCACUGCAAGGCAAAAUUGGUGCUGAUGGUAUCAAACCAGGCGAAAUAGUCACAGAAAUAACUCCUGAGGAAGCAAGUGGAAAGAGGCCUCCAGAAGGUAUCACAAAUGAAGCUGAACUGCUCUCUUCUCAAGAAAAAGCUAAAUUACAAGGCAGUCCUUUAAAGAAACUAUUUACAGGUACUGGAUUAAAAAAACUGUCUGGAAAGAAGCAUAAAGGCAAAAGAGAAGAAUCUAAGUUAGGAGAGCAAGGAGAAUUAACUCAACACUUGUCAGAUUCCCCAGAUAGCCCGGAAGAACAAAAGGCAGAGAGUUCUGCUUCUUCUCCUGAGGAGCUGAAUGAAAUUCCUUCUUUGGAAAAAUCUGUAGAUGGAACACAAGUCUCAGAAAAUGAAGAUGCUGCGAUUUCAGAUGUGGAGAGAAAAAGAGAAAGUGUUACACCCUGGGCAUCAUUUAAAAAGAUGGUGACUCCCAAAAAACGUGUAAGAAGACCUUCUGAAAGUGACAAAGAAGAAGAAGUUGAUAAGACAAAGAGCAUUGCAACAUCAGUAACUGAAAAUGCAGCUGAAGAAAGUCAGGUAGAGCUGAAAGAAAAUGGAAUGGACCAGAAACCAGAGAAAGUCACAGAAGAGCCAAAAAGAAAGGUUGACACCUCUGUGUCUUGGGAAGCUUUUAUAUGCGUAGGUUCUUCAAAGAAAAGGGCCAGGAAAUCAUCAUCAUCUGAUGAAGAAUCUGAACAUAAGCUUGGUCAGGAAAGCCAAAAAAUAGAAGAAUCUGGACAGAGCAAAGAAACUGCAACGGAUGCGAUUCUUACUAGCUCUCAGGAGAGCGAUCAAGGACAAGGGAAUUCCUCUCCAGAACAAGCUGGAAGUCCAUCUGAAGGUGAAGGGAUUUCAACAUGGGAAUCAUUUAAAAGGUUAGUCACUCCAAGAAGAAAAUCUAAAACGAGAAUGGAAGAGAGAACCGAAGACUCUGUCACAGGAUCUAGCCUGGAGCAUUCAACAUCAGAUGGUGAGCCUGGAAAAGAUGAAUCAUGGGUUCCGUUUAGAAAACUUAUGCCUGGCCGUAGAAAGAAGAAGUCGGAUUGGAAGUCAGAACCAACUCAUCUUAAGCAAGCAAGAGAAGACAUGGCAGAAACAGCUGAAGAAGAUUCGGAUGUUCCAGCUGUUGUUCCUUUGUCUGAAUAUGAGGCAGCAGAGCAAGAGAAAAUUGAAGCUCAGCAAGUAAAAGAUGCUGAAGCAUUGAAAGAACGAAGCUCGGAGGAAGAAAGAGUUGAAAAAUCAGAAGACUUGCUAAGUGUUAAGCAAGCCAGUGAAGGGCUAGUACAUGCAGUUACUGUUAGUGUUGUGGAAGGGGAAAGAGCAGUUACCAGCAUUGAAGAAAGGUCACCAUCAUGGAUAUCUGCUGCUCUGACAGAGUGCAUUGAGCAGGAAGAAGAGGAGGAGAAAGAAACUGAGAAAGUGCUUGAAUCAGAAGUUGUUGUAGAAGAAGCGAUGGUGGUUGAUAAGACAGUGCCAGAGAUGAGAAAGGAUGUAAGUGAUGAUGCCACAGCAAGUGAGCUAGAAUUAACCUCAGAGGCAGUGACUGCUCUAGAGGAGACAGCAGAAGCUUCCUGUGCUGAAGAAACAAUGGAAGUGUCCUUUGCUGAAGAGACAACUGAAAUGGUUUCUGCUGUUUCACAGUUGAUAGAAACUCCAGAUACCACAGAGGAAGUUACGCCUGUACAAGAAGUAGAAGCCACUGAACAAAAUUUGAAAGAAUUAGACAAACAGACACAAAAAGUUCUUCACGAAGUUGCUGAAAGAGUUAAGUCUUCAGAUGUAGCACAGCUGGAUUCUGAAAGAACUGUAACAGCAACUGUAAUUUCAGCUGUACAAGAAAUUGAGUCAGAAAUGAAAGAUGAUGCUAAAGAUGAGAAAAUUAUAGGGCAGGGAACGGUUUUGCUUGAACAGCCCUUGAAAAAAGGAGAACAACUGGAGGAUGAUGUUCAGCCUCUGGAAGGUGCAGGGAGUGUUCAGGGUGAAAAUGGCAUUGAAGAGAGGGUACAUGAACGUUCAGAGAGAAGUGAAAUAUCUGCUGCAGUGAAAGAAAGCACAGAAGGAUAUGAGAAUGUGGAUGUAUUGGGAGAUGAAGGCCAGCAGCAGACCUGUGAAGAAGCAGUUGUAGAAGACCAUGAAGAAAUAGCUGAAGUGCAGAGGACAAUAGAGGAACCCUCAUCACAAGACAGUGAAGCAGUAACUCCCAAGGAGGAGCAAUUAGUAAAACAGAAGCCUUCAGAACAAGAGAAACUGCCCCAAACAGACUUGACAGUAGAUGGGAGGAGAGAGGACCAUAUUCCAGAAGUGCAGGCUGAAGUACAGAAGAUCGAAGAUGAAACCUCUGAGUUAGGAUUUACAGGUGAAGAGCCUGCAGAACUUAAGGGAGAGGGGGAAACACUCCCCGUGGGACCAGUGUGCACAAAAGCAGAUGUCACAGAGGUUCUUGUCAGUCCUGAGAGUCAAGAUGAAAUUCCUGAGUUAGACUCUCAAGAGCAAACUUGUACCAAAGCAGUUCCUAGAGAGACACCUGCACAGGGAGAAGAAGAUGGUGCUGUGCUCCACAGAGUAAAGAGCACAGAAGUCAUUGCUGCUGAGGUCCCGAUGCACAGUGAGGUAGAAGCCUCAGCACUUACUUCAGAGACAACUGUCUCAGAAGCAGCUGAAGCUGCUGAGCAGAGUGUGAAGGAUGAGGAUGACAGGCAGAUUGCAGCAAAAGAUCCUGUCCCUGUCCUAGAGCCAGAAUGCAUAGAAAAAACAACUGAAAUCCUCUCCCAGAAUGAUGAAAUCAAAGGUGGUAAAACAGAAGAGUCCAUGCUCAAAACUGAAACACAUUCGCUGUCUGACAGUGCUCUCACUGAGCACCCUCCCAAGACUGAAGAAGACGAAUCUACUGUAACGUCAGCGUGCUUAGAUGUCACUGAAAAUGGAAGCACCGUCUACACUGACAUAAGUCCUAAGACAAGUGAAACACAGAGCAGCUUAGCUGAAGAAAGGACUGCAGAAACAAAACAAGAACUUGCAGAAAUCUCAAGCAGUCAAGACUUUAAGAAAGAAGAAAACGUAAAUAGGCAGAUGGAAACAGACGAAGAAUUUGAAUCUGGAAAACAGGAAGCUGUGAAAGAUGAUGAAUGUUGUUCAACAGCUGUCCAGCAAGAAGUUUUCUCUGUGCAGGAGGAAGGCCAUGACUCUGCCUCCCCACCAGCUGAAAGCUCAGAGACUCUGGAAGUGCCUGUAGCAGCUGCAGCAGCUGAAGAACAUGUUGUAGCAGAAGCUGCUACGCCCACAGGCAUGACAGCCAAAACUAUAGACCUCUUGGCAACUACACCAGAACAAAUGGCUUCUAAUGAAAUCUCAGCUUUUACUCUUGACUAUUCAGGCUGUGAGACUGCAGAGCCUGGUAUUGUGGAAGCAGCCCAGCCUCAGGUAACUCAUGCUUAUGUUAAUGGAAUAUCAGAGAAGCAAGAGAGUUUCCAGAGUAUGAAUCAGCCUGAAGAAGACGCUGCUCCUUUAAGUGACGGUCUCACUCUCCCCCACUCAGAAUCUGAGACGGAUGUUGUUCCAUCGGGGACUAUAGAGUCCCAGAGUACAAAAAUUGUAUUGAAUGUCAUCCAGACUGCUGUUAACAAACUUACAGAAACGGAAGAGGCAGCUGCCUUAGAGUCAGAACAGCACACUAAGUCCAGAGGGAAAAGCCCAUCAUUCACGACUUUACCUGAACUUUUGGAAAGUACGCAGGUAGAUUACCAACUCCCAGUAAAAGAAGCGGCUGCAGAAAAAACAAAAGACAUGCUGUUAACUUCUGAUGUGCUGGAAGACAGACCAAGUCAGAAUUCUGACUUUGUAACUACUCCUGAAGACAUUUCAAGGGAAAGUGUGAGAGUUCAAAGCUCAACAUUAGAACUAAGUACUUCAGAAGAUUCAACCAAAGACCUCCUAGACAUACACCAAGCAAAAUUGAAGGAAAAGGAGAUUGGGAAGGUUGUGGAGAUCUCAGACCAAUAUAUAGGUAGGCAAACAUGUGGAGAAAGGGAGGAAGAUGGUCACCCACAAGUGGAAGAUGGGAAAACGCAAACGUGGCAGGACGAUGGUUGCCAAGAAGACAUAGAUUGUGAUGGUCCCCAAAGUCAGAACUCGUUGGCUCCUGAGGCUCUGAAUAUGUGCUAAGGAUCCAUGUGGUGUUUUGAGAGAUACCAGUGCUAGAGAACAACUGACAAUCCUGUGAGAGAACCAGGAGCUUAAUUCACUACCCUUUAUUCUUGGAUGUUAACACCUGCUCUUUUGAAGACUUCACCUUUUUUGUCAUUAAAAACCAAUGCCUUUAAUAUUGGGUAUAUCCACACACGUCCCAUUCGAAGGUCAUUUGCCUCUGCUGAAAAUGUCCCAUUUAGACUGGAGAUGCACAUCAGAGUGAAUGGACAGACCACUAAAUUUUGUGCCAGAGCUGUUACCAUUCCCUCACUUAACGUGUCCGUCCUGUCUGUCCCAUCUUCUUGAAUUCUUCAUUCAUCCCUAAAUCCCCUAACUCCUUUCUGCAGUCUCCCUUACUUCCACCAUCUUCCGUAGCUGCCUUGAUUUGACCAGAGAGUGGCCACAGCUGCUGCUCUACUUCUGUGCUGAAGGGAAGAGCAGAGCUGACUGAAGAGAACACAUGAGACUUAUGGCUGACAGAAGGUGCGUCUGUCAAACAGCAGGAACUGGAUCAUGCACAGAUUCUUGAGCAAGGUGCUCAAGAUUGCUGCCUUUCAGUCCCAUUCAGGUAUCUAUCUGUUCGGUUGUGUUUGUGCAGGCCUGAUUUAGUCAAAAUUUAUUUCUACAGUGUAGCUUGAAAGGAGGUUGACAGUACUCUUUUUCUGUUGUUCAAGACUACAGGUUUCAGGACUGGACUGUAAUGUGUUGAAUAUUUAUAUGUAUGUCCUAAUCUCAGUUCUGAUUUUAAUGUAGAGCUCUGAUACUUCUGUACUGUUUAGGCGUACCCUUAAAGGAAUUUUGUAGAGUAGCCUGGAGAGGAAAUUGAUAUUGGUGGAGUGAAAUUCAAUAACAUAUAGUUUCCUAUUUAUUGUUCCAGGUUUUCCCCUUGUAAAAUCUCUCUGAAACUUGGCCGUCAUGCUUUGAAUAUUUAUAUGUAAAUCCUAAGCCCAGUUCUGAUUUUAAUGUAGAAUUAUGACAUUUCUAAAGACAAAAGGAGAACCCUGACCUGUUUUGGAUCUAGCUAUGCUGACCAAUGUCCCUUCAACUUGCAGUCCUCUCAGGUUUCUGAGAACCAUUCAGGCUUACCCCUUUGAUGCUGUCUUGCUCAUACAGCAGCCCCAGGUGUACCACAACCCAAAAUCACACCUUGCUCUUUCCAGUCUGCUCAGUUCUGUUCACAGCCCCAUCCAUCCCCAAGACAUUACCUCCACCCAUGUCAUUUAAUAUCCAUUCUGCAUACAAGUAUCCUACUUUCCCAACCCAGACUUGAACCUCUUUCCCAUCACAGCAUUUCCCAUUUCUUGAGAUCCUUGCUGCUCUUACCAAUUCCCUGAAGGGGGAGUAGAAAGGAGGGUAAGAGGUUGGUAAUGAAUUCUGCCUUGGAUUGCAAAAGACUGAAGAAAUGUUUGGAGUGCUGAGUUCCUAACAUCCUUCACCUAAGGUCGGUUGGACUGAGAGCAGCUGCAGACUGGGGUGAGCAGGGUGAUCUAAAGACAGAAAGAAGCCUCACUGAGAUGCCUGUCCCCAACAGGAGUAGGUCCUUCCUUUUGUUGUUUACAUUAGAAUCAAACAUGGGUACAAGUCAACCCUUUCAGCUCUGAUUUCUAAAGUGAAGGUUACAGAUGGCACUUUGUGAAACCGAUGCCACCAAGUGAACAAUAGCUCACUAUCCUACCUGUAUAGUAAUUUAUUUUAAAAUCAACUCUUAGUGUACAAAUGCUCUUGUUACAGCAGGUGCACGCCUCUCCUCGGGGCUGCACAUACAGCAAGCAAUGUGACUGAUUGCACUGGUGUGAUUGCACCAUCUGGUGCUGCCCUGUGUGGAAGCAUCAAGAGAUUUUUCUUUACCUCAGAGCAAACUAUAUAAAUAUUUAAAGCCGAACAAUGUGGUUUCAAACAAUCCAGUCCGUUUUUGUCCAUUGUUAGUGGCAGCUUUUCCCCCUAGCUUUGGGCAAUUCCAACAAUCUCUGUUGGUUUCCACAGGUUUAAAUUGCCUUGCAAGUUAAUCGUGCUCUUAAUAACACCUCACAAGUGCAAACUUGGCUGAAUUUGUACAAAUUGUAUACCUAUGUACGUUAAGCCAUAUUGCAAUAAAUGCAGCAGGUAAAAUGAAAUAACAAUAGCAUGACCUGUGUAAUCCCAAUUCUUAUGUUUGUAGCUCCAAAGCUGUUAAUAAUAUGUAAAGUUAAUUCUUGUCUGAACCUCAUUUAAAUAAAGCUAGCUUUAUCACAAUGUAAAUUGUCUGUUGGUAGUAAUUGGACAGGCAAGUGCUUAAACUUGCUCGUUUUCUCCAUUAAUCCAGGGCCUAGGUAAGCAAUGCAACAAACAUAACUGUAAAACAAGUACAAAAGCUUCUUGUAACUGACAGCUAAAAAAUAUCGUGCCUGAAGCCACGCUGAUGGUGCAAGGAGCAUGGCUCCACCUAACGAUACUACUUUGUUCCGGUGUAUUGCUUUGGCCUCUGAAACUCUCAUUUGAGACUGUGACUUCCGGCUUGUGCUUAAAAGCUUGAAGCUUUCUCAAAUCCAAUGUAUUGGGUUAUCAAAUCCGAUUUUUGUUUUUAAGGUAGAUUUUCAUUAAUUAAAUAAAGUACAACUAAAAUUUGUUCUAA